GUAAUGCGAACCUGGCAGACCUGGCGGCCCGGAAGAAGCAGAAGCUGGCUACCAACUUAAUCCGCAAAGCUCUGGCCAUGUGGCACUGGAUUGGAACAAACUUGCCGCCCUCCGACUUUGUGUGCCGCCUGGAUCCAGACACGCUGUUUCUUGCCAACCGUUUCCGGCACUACGCCCAGGAGAACUGCCUUGGCAACCAGUCCAUGGUUUAUUUGGGACAGGUGCAGCACACAAUGAAAGUUUGGGUCGGAGAUUUUCCGGAUGGCGGUGCGGGCAUUUGCCUGCCAUGGAAGGCCGCCAAGGCAUUUGCGGCCAUGCUGGAGGAUAGGGUGCACAAGUAUGCUGAAGGUGGUGAGGCCGGGCCGGGACUGCCAGAAGGAUGCCGAAUGGUGCCCGGCCAUCUGGACGAUGUGAUUACUGGCUUCUGCUUUCAGGAGAUGAACUUGCUUCCGCACCAUGGGCUCGUGUCCGCGUUUGGUCAAACACGUUUCAAUAAUCAGCCUCUGCCACAUGACAUCGGGGAGGAUGAAGGAGGGAGGCCCUUUCCGUGCGUGGCAGUAGCCAAUGACUGGAUGCUGGAGGGAAGAUUGCCUGACCUCUUCCAAU